GUUCGUUUGGUAACCGCCCCGUCCAAUUUUAUCAACAUUUGGACCACCAUGUCGGAGAAUAUGUGGCAACUGUAGACGCUGCAAAGGUUGAGAGGCAACCCAAGCAAAAGGCAAGACCGUUAUGUUAUGGAUACGAUAGCGAGCCAUCGGGUGAAUGAGUUCUCCGGGAGGAAGAGGCAGCAGAAAGAAGCGAGGCCCUGCAGGGUCCCCGCCCGACGGAGGGGCCACCUGCGACCAGGUGUCACUACAUAAACGAAAUUUGUAUUACUUCUCAUACCCACUGCUGGCGUUGUUUGCAGUGCUCCGUGUCCUCGUGUUGCAUUUUGGCGAACUCUUCGCCUGGCUGUGCGAGCGGAUGUCUCGUGCUAUGGCUGCGAGACCCAAACAACGGGCAGCAGAUGAGCAUGCGAACAAGGUGUGCGAGCAGGACAUCGGCGAGCAGAUCCGAAACCACCACAAACAAGCAUUCGAGUACAUCUCAGUGGCUCUGAGAAUUGACGAGGAUGACAAAGUGCACAAGGAACAGGCAGUCCAGUGGUACAAACGCGGAAUCGCCGAGCUCGAGAGGGGCAUCGCGAUCGAGGUAGCUGAAAACGGCGAGAAAUAUGAACGUGAUAAACGUCUACAGGCCAAGAUGAUCACUAAUCUGAUCAUGGCAAAGGAUCGCCUGGAGCUUUUAGAAAAGCUGCGUUCAGGGCCAGCUCAGAGAGACAUCUAUGCAGAGAGCUCAAACCAGUCAUACCAUAACGGUUAUCUACGCUCAGUAAGUGGAGCCGUACCCAAAAAGAGGGACUCCCUGACUACUCACUCCAGUCACUCCCUCCCACGACCAAAGCAUACGCCAAAAAAAACCUUGCCGGCAGGCCACGGGGGCCUCCAGCGCUCCCCCAGCUUCAUUGGGCCCUCCAGCAGUCACACACAGCACAGACUGGUCCCCCAGUCCAACAGAAACAAGAGUAAAACGGGCAACCGGCAAAACUGUAAACCCACCACCACUCCCACAUCCAUGUCCCCACUGAAGAAGAGGGAUAUGAAGAACUUGAAGAAUGUGGACAGCAAGCUUGCCAACCUCAUCCUCAGCGAGAUCAUAGACAGUGGCUCAUCUGUGAGGUUUGAGGACGUUGCUGGCCAGGAGCUGGCUAAGCAGGCCCUACAGGAAAUAGUCAUCCUCCCUGCACUAAGGCCAGAGUUGUUUACAGGCUUGAGGGCUCCAGCACGAGGCCUUCUGCUCUUCGGUCCUCCUGGCAACGGGAAGACGAUGCUGGCUAAAGCAGUGGCCACGGAGUCCAACGCCACAUUCUUCAACAUAAGUGCAGCCAGCUUGACCUCGAAAUAUGUGGGGGAGGGAGAGAAGCUGGUGCGAGCUCUGUUUGCCGUCGCUAGAGAACUGCAACCCUCAAUCAUCUUCAUAGAUGAGAUCGACAGUCUACUCUGUGAAAGGAGAGAGGGAGAGCAUGAUGCCAGCAGACGACUGAAGACAGAGUUCUUGAUUGAAUUUGAUGGGGUGCAAUCUGGUGGGGAUGAACGGGUGUUGGUGAUGGGAGCCACCAACAGGCCUCAGGAGCUGGAUGAGGCUGUUCUUAGGCGAUUUGCAAAACGGGUGUACGUGGCUUUACCAACAGAAGACACCCGGCUAAAACUGGUCAAGAACCUUUUAGGGAAGCACGGGAAUCCUCUCACACAGAAAGAACUGUCCCAGCUUGCCAGAAUGACAGAAGGCUACUCUGGCAGUGACCUGACCUCGCUGGCCAAAGAUGCGUCCCUCGGUCCCAUCCGAGAGUUGCGUCCAGAACAAGUCAGGAACAUGGCCGCAAACGAGGUGAGGAAUAUCAGGUUCUCUGAUUUCGUGGAGUCACUGAAGAAGAUCAAAAAGAGUGUCGGACCACAGACGCUGGACCUGUAUGUGCGCUGGAACAAGGACUAUGGGGACACCACGGGUGCAUGAGACAAGAGGGGACACACAUGUAGCCUCUGUCCUAACCCUGAACCUCCAUUGAGGCAGUGGAUUGAAAAGUGUUUUAAACAGAGAUUUUUUUUUUCAUUAUUGUUUUUAACUCUAAGGUCAUAGGACUGUUCGAAUAAACUAUUUAUUGUGUGUUAUGAUACGGCUGUUGUCUUCCAAACUAUUAUAGUCACAGUGAUUUUAUAAAUAAAUACAUAUAAAUGUCCUUCAAUUUGAAAUGAUUCAUAAAAACGGUACCUUGAGAUAAGGCACAUAUACAGUGCAUUCGGAAUAUAUUCAGACCCCUUGACUUUUUCCACCUUUUGUUGCUUUACAGCUUUUUUAUUUUAUUAUUCCCUCGUCAAUCUAAACACAAUGCCCCAUGAUGACAAAGUAAAACAUGUUUUUAGAAAUGUUUGCUAAUUUAUAAAAAUAAAGUAAAAAUAUA